GCGCGGGCGGCCCGGCAUGGCGGAGGCGGCGGCGGCGGCGGCGCCCGGCGACGCGGCCGCCCUCAGCCCCGGCGCCCCCGAGCCCGGCACGCGGCGCCUCAGCGACCUGCGGGUGAUCGACCUGCGGGCCGAGCUCAAGAAGCGCAACCUGGACGCGGGCGGCAACAAGAGCGUCCUCCUCGAGCGCCUGCGGAAGGCGCUGAAGGAAGAAGGGCUGGAUCCGGAUGACAUGGGAAUCGCCUUGGAAGUGUCGGGCAGGAGGAUGACCAAGAGAUGUGUGAAAGGCCCCAAGACAGAGGAAGAAGGCACAGAAGAUAACGGCCUGGAAGAAGACUCCAGAGACGGGCAGGAGGACAUGGACACAGGCCUGGAGAGCCUUCAGGGCCUCGACAUGAUGGACGUGAGCGUGCUGGAGGAGACGGACGUAGAGAACAGCAGUGCACCCGACUUCGGGGAGGAUGGCACAGACAGUAUCCUUGGCUCCCUGUGCGACAGCAAAGAGUUCAUGGCCGCGCAGCUCAGGGAGCUUCCCACCCAGCUCACGGAGAAUGCUGUGGACGGAGAGAACUUCGAGAACACUUUGGACGCUUCGUCGAUGGACUUCAAGGUAUCUUCGGACAUUGAAGAACCUCUAUUGGAGCCAGAAAAUGAGAAAAUACUCGGCAUUUUGGGGGAAACUUGUAAAUCUGAGCCAGUAAAAGAAGAAGGUUUCGAGCUGGAGCCGCCAUUGGCGCAGGACACGAGUAGCAUGGGGCCAGACAGAAAGCUGGCGGAGGAAGAGGACCUUUUUGGCAGCGGCCAUCCGGAGGAGGGUGACUUAGAUGUGGCCAGCGAGUCCCCGGCACACGCUCAGUGGAGCAAGGCAGACACCCUGUUAGCGGUAGUGAAAAGGGAGCCCGUGGAGACAGGCGAAGGCGGAGGCGACAGCCCGGACUGUGAGCCUGCGCUAGGGCUAGAGAAGCCAGUUGAGGCCCAGAGUAGUAAAGCCUCAGAGCCCGCGGAGGCCUCUAGCGAGGCGGCGGCAGAAGCGGCCCGGGAAGCCUCAAGCCCAGAGCCCAGAGAUAGCAAAGAAGACGUGAAGAAGUUUGCUUUUGACGCUUGUAAUGAAGGCCCUCCGGCUGCUAAAGAGUCCUCAGCCAGUGAGGGCGCUGAGCCGAACACGAGCUCUUUUAAGGAAGAAAAAGAUAUAAAGCCAAUCAUUAAAGAUGAAAAAGGCCGCACAAGCAGUAGUUCAAGCCGGAAUCUGUGGGUCAGCGGAUUGUCAUCCACCACACGAGCCACGGAUCUGAAGAACCUUUUCAGCAAAUACGGAAAGGUUGUCGGGGCCAAAGUGGUGACUAAUGCCCGCAGUCCAGGGGCUCGAUGCUAUGGAUUUGUUACCAUGUCCACCUCCGAGGAGGCCACCAAGUGCAUCAGCCAUUUGCACAGAACAGAGUUGCAUGGAAGAAUGAUCUCCGUGGAGAAGGCCAAAAACGAGCCUGUGGGGAAGAAGCUGGCCGACAGGAAGGAGUGUGAGGUGAAGAAGGAGAAGGUGUCUAGUGCUGACAGGCAUCACCCAGUGGAGGUCAAAGUGGAAAAGACCGUGAUUAAGAAAGAGGAGAAGAUGGAGAAGAGGGAGGAGAAGCAGCCUGAGGACAUUAAAAAGGAAGAAAAAGAUGAAGACGAGCUGAAAGAGGGGUCCCCCAACCGCGCCCGCAUCACUAAAUCAGGCAGCCGAGGAAUGGAGCGGACUGUGGUCAUGGACAAAUCAAAAGGCGAGCCGGUCAUCAGCGUGAAGACCACCAGCAGGUCCAAAGACAGACAGAGUUCCCAGAGUCGGGACCGCAAGUCAGGGAGCAAGGAGAAGAGGGACAUCCUGUCCUUCGACAAGAUCAAGGAACAGCGUGAGCGGGAGCGCCAGCGGCAGCGUGAGCGAGACAUUCGGGAGGCUGAGCGGCGGCGGGAGCGCGAGCAGUGGGUACUAGAGCUGCGGCUGGAGCGCAAGAAGAACUCGCGGCUGCAGCGGGAGCGCGAGAUGCUUGAGUGGCACCGCGAGCAGCUGGAGCAGGAGCGGGCCGAGCGCGAGCGACUGCAGCGGGAGCGGCUGCGGGUGGAGCGUGAGCUGCGCAAGGAGCAGGAGCGCAUCCACCGCGAACGCGAAGAGCUGCGGCGCCAGCAGGAGCAGCUGCGCUACGAGCAGGAACGGCGGCCAGCCGUGCGCAGGCCCUAUGACGAGCGCUACGACGAGCGGCGCGAUGAUGCCUACUGGCCGGAGAGCAAGCGCGUGGCCAUGGAGGACCGGUACCGGCCCAGCUUCUCACGGCCCAACCACCACGACUUCCACGACUUUGACCACCGCGACCAUGGCCAGUACCAGGAGCACUCAGCUGACAGAAGGGAAGGCUCGCGGUCCAUGAUGCCCGAGCGAGACGGGCAGCAGUACUCGGAUGACCGCCACAGCCAUGGGGGACCUGAGCGCCACAGCCGGGACUCCCGGGAUGCCUGGGGGGGCUACAAGCGCAUGAGCGAGGGCCGAGGGCCCCCCCAUCCACCCAGGGGUGCACGUGAAUGGGCGGACCACAGGGAAAGGCUCGAUGAGCACCAGGAGCGCUCCUGGCCUGGUGCUCUGGACUCAGGCACGUCGGGCCGUGACCAUGGCAGGUGGCAAGGCGGUGAGAGGGGCAUGUCUGGGCCUGCGGGCCCUGGACACAUAGCGAACCGUGGUGGCCUGUCAGGGCGCGGCGGCUUUGCUCAGGGUGGGCACUCGCAGGGCCCCGUGGUGCCCAGCGGUGGCCCGGAAGGCGGAGGACUGGCUGGCCAGGACCGGGGCAGCCGAGGCCCACACCCUCACCCAUACCCCCACUUCACCCGUCGCUACUAAGCCCCACCCAAGCUAUGUGAGCCAGCAGGGGCACUUCGGACUCAGAGCUUUCCAGAAACAGGCGCCGCCGUUGUGCGUGGCGCAGUACGAUGUGAAUUGACCUUCUUUCUAAAUAAACAUGUUCUCCGGCCACUUCUAAGACACGGCUGUUAACAGGCAUUCCAUUUUCCAUUAAUAAACGUUUACGGUUCUCA